AUGCUAUCGUGGAUUGCACACUUCGGCAUUCCCUUGCGCAUUACUUCAGACCUGGGAGGACAAUUUGAGUCAAACUUAUUCAAAAAACUCUCGGAACUCCUAGGUUUCAAACACAAACGCACAACGGCUUACCACCCGCAAGCUAACGGACUCGUAGAACGCCUCCACCGUCAGCUAAAAGCAGCGCUACUCUGUCACGAGGACACGUGGUACGACGCGCUUCCCGCCGUGCUACUCGGACUCCGAGCCGCGUACAAAGAGGACAUCGAAGCGACUCCCGCUGAACUCGUCCUCGGCGAACCGUUACGACUGCCAGGCGAAUUCCUUGCGCCCUCAAGGCAAGACACGACCGCCCCCGAACUGGUACGGAUGCUGAGGAAGAACUUCCAAGAUCUGGCACCAGAACCCGCAUCGCGCCACACACACCAGCGCAUCUUUGUGCACCAAGACCUCGCAAACGCGUCACACGUCUUUAUCCGAAACGACCAAGUGCGACCGUCAUUCUCCGCCCCGUACGACGGCCCAUACCCAGUCGUCGACAAGCACGAGAAAUACUUCACCGUCAAACUACGUGGAAGAAACACGCCAGUUUCGAUCGACAGAUUGAAACCCGCGUAUCUGCUGCUCGACGAACUCCAAAGCCAACACGACACGGCCGGACCGUCUGCAUUGAGCGUACACCAGCCCGUCGCAAACAACGACGCCCCAACGACCGCGACUUCAAAAAAGAAAAAACAAGUCCGACUCGCGCUGUAA